AUGAAGGAGGAGAACCUGAAAGAUGAAGAGACGAAUAGGGAGGACAAAGGGAGGAUAGGCAAGGAGGUGAGGGCACUGAUCCAAGUGAUGAAGAGAAACUGCAGCGAAGGUGAUCUUGAGGCAGUAGACCUGGACAGCUGGCUGAAUGACCUUGAAAAGUUGAAAGUGGCCUUCAAGAAAUGCACUGGAGAGAUGGCCGAAAUGAUAGAGAGCAUGGCAGAAAUGUAGGCCACCAUAGCCAAGAGCAGAGUCCUCAAACCUGACAAAAAUAACUCUGUCCAGAGCUUUGUAAGUUACUCCUACUUAUUGAGUGUAGUCAGAUAUCUGCAAUGUGUUAUAGAGUAGUUAUACAGUAUAUCUAGAGAUUGUGUAUAACAUUGCACUGUCCUGAUAGUUUGUUUGUUGUUUCUGGUCCUACAGAGCCCAGUGAAGGUCUCUGGUCCUGUGUCUGGCCAGACUGGCCUUACACCUCUUGUGACCUCAGCACCCGGGACCCUGGCUGAAGCCCUAUGGCCCUGCCCUCUGCUGUGGCCCCUCCCUCCCAGAGGAUGUCCCAAGGCCUUUGACUCCCUCCCAGCCCUGUCCCUGUCAUUGUUGCUCCGCCUGCUGUGAAGUACUACUUAUACCACCUCAGCCCUCGUCUGGACCCCAUCACCAACCUGAAUGAGAACGGCAGGAAGCUGCUCCAGGAAAUGGUGCAGGAAAUGGCAGGAGUGGCCCAACAGGUAGGAUUUGGGAAAGGAAGAGGGGUUGUCAUUCCCUCCUACUAUAGCUGUAAGUUACCUGUCAGUUUAAGUUUAGUAAGCUUCUCUUCUACUCUCAGGAUGUUGAGGCAAAGAGGAUCGGCAAAGGGAAAAAGAAGCCAAAGAAA